AUGGUAUCACCAUGGCGACAGGACGCGGGCAGUUUAAUACAUCAGGGUAUUCACGGUGAUUCUUUGACGUAAAAGCAGCGUUUGUGUUUAUCUAACGUCGUCGCGUUCGUAGCGUAAGUUAACUGUAGGAGCUAUUUCAUUAGUUUAAUAUACUGAAGUUAGAUAUUGGAUUCACAACAAAGGUAGAAGGUGGGUUAAUGAGGGGGCACCCGGAAGGGAAGUACAACCCAACUAGACUGGUGCCUCAGUUGAGUUAAUUUUGACAGAAACAUCUUUUGGAAAAAUAGACACUACAUAAUGUAAACAAACCUUCAUUUGGAUCAAAGUAUAAAAAACAUCCUUUGAAUCAAAGUACAAAAAAACACCCUCGGGAACGAAGAACUUUGGACGAUGAAAACUGGAAAAAAGGAACAUUUGUUGGAUUCUGUGGAUUUCACCACCUUGGAUACGCACCUCACCAAACGGAAACCCAGCGCAUGGAGCGCGCGGCGACGUGGGCCGUUGAAUGUACGUAGAGAUGGAAACAGUGAAAUGACAGCGAGGACUAUGAGAGGAGCUGACUGCCAUUUACAGAGACUGCCAUCUGAGAUACUGACUGAGAUUCUGUCGUACCUGGAUGCCGCUGCUCUUUUAAGCAUCAGCUACGUCAAUAAGCUCUUCUACCAGCUUGCCAGCGAUAAUGCCCUGUGGCGUAUGAUAUGCAUAUCAGAGUUCCAAAAGUGGAAACGUAAGUGCAUUGUUGAGCUGCUGCAGAUGAGACUGCAGGAGCGUGCCUCUGGUUACUGGAAGCGGCUGUUCUUUGAGGCGGUCGUCAAACGUGACACAAACAAGUUGAAGAGAAACCUCGGACACAUCGACUGCUACACCGGGCUGCCCUCUCGAACAGAGCGGGUUCUCAGAAACUUGCACGUCACCUGGGAACUGACGGUGUCUGAUGACACAGGGAAUGAGGUCACACUUGAGCUCAUCAGGUCCGAGUUCUGUGAUACGUCUGUGUGUCUGAGCUGGAGCGGAGGAAGCCGCCUGCCCAGCUACCAGCACAUUUCCACCCUCCAGCUCCACGGUGUCAGUAGGAUGACCCACAGCUGCUCCCACCUAAAGAAUCCUGGCGAGAGGUCCCUCAUGUCCAAGGUUGACAUGCAGGCUUUAACUCAAAGCACGCAGGUCAUCGGUCAGGACAGACUGGUUAAACUGAAGCUGCUACAGCCUGGAAUCAUCAUCGGUACCUGGAAGGACCAGCGCACUGUCGCCUUCAUCAUGUUCACCCUUCACGUCCACCGGCUCGUGGAGAGAAGCAUCCAGGGCUCUUCGUUUUGCCCCCAUAUGGCACCAGAGGUCAGACCCGCUUUUGAUGACAUAGACCCCGAGUAUGGUCUCCAUGGUUACCAACUACACAUUGUUCUCCACAACACCAUCUGCAAGCUCAUGUCUAGAAGCUUCGGCCGGCUCUCCUGCCAUAGAGGUCAGAUCAGGGACGGACUGAUCCAGCUCACCGCCAUCAGCAGGACAAGCUCACACCCUCCUCUGUCAGGCAGCAUCACCCUGCCCUGGAAGUGUGAGGCCCUGCAGGGCUCAGCAGAGAACUGCUGCAUCAUGAGUCUGACUCUACUGGAUGAAUUCAAGAACCCUUUCUGGUGUGUCAGCUCUCCUGUUUCCGUGGAGCUGGGAAAGACGUCUAGUGGCUCCUUCGACUACGAUGGCGAGCACUUCCUGAUCCACUAUCUGGACGCAGACGGUCAGGUGAAGAUGACACUCGCCUGGGUGGAGGAGCAGAAGCAGUUUGUCGUCGUCAGUUUAGUGGUUCAUGUGAGUGUUUCUAAAGUCAACAAGCAUUUCAGUAGAGAUUACUGAACACAGGGGGUUUUCAGUCAUUCCAUCUGGAUCCACGGUUGGAUUUCCUUUGUCUUCGUUCUCUCUC